AUGAAGGUCACGUUAUUAACCGCUGCUGUCAUUGCUUUUCUCAGAGCAUCUGUUACUACUGCUUCAGCUGAAAAGAUUGAUCAACAUGGUCAACUACUCGAUAUCGCUUACGUCACAAAACAUAUUGGUACACAUCGUGGUUACCCUACUGAAUCCAUCCCUAACAAAGACCAUAUUGAUAACGACUACAUUCUUGAACAAUACCAACUGAUAAAACGCCAUGGUACACGCUAUCCUGGGGAUGAUGAUAUUGAUGCGAUGAAUGAACUCAAUGAUUCCCUUACCGGUUGGACAAACAAUUAUGAUAACCAAUGGGUUCGCAGUCGUACGGGCUUGUUGGACUUGCAUGGUCAAAUGGAACAUUAUACUCAUGGUGAGCGAGUUGCUGCUAGCUACCCUGAAAUUGUUAAAUCGGCUAUUGAUUUCGAUGUGUCUACUCUUACUGCUUACGCUUCCUGGUCCGACCGAGUAUCUCAAUCUGCCUCAGCCUUCUUAAUGGGAGCUUUCAAGGGAUAUGGUCAAUUAGGCAAGGAUAACACGAUGGCUAUUCCUAUUUUUACCUAUCCUGAAGAAGAGGAUAAGAUGCUUGCCUUCCAUAAAGCUUGCAAACGCUGGAAAACUGAAAUCGACGAUAGUGAUUUCGUUGACAAAGCCGUCAAGCCAUUAGACAAACUCUACAAACAAACCAUAGCCACCCGUCUAUCCAAGGAUUUGGGCUUACAUAUUACUGCUACUGAUGUUGAAAACUUGAUGAGCGGCUGUGCUUUUGAUGUGACCAUGCGUGGUACAGCCGAUACUUUCUGUCGACUCUUCACCAAGGAUGAUCUAAUAAAAUUAGAGUACUACGAUGAUCUUAAACAUUGGUUUAAGCUUUCUUACGGCUAUGAGGAAUUGAAUGCUGGUAUGGCCUGUAAUCUGGGUAAAGCUAUAAUUGAAAAUAUUGAGGCUGCUGUCCAUGGCUCCACUACUGGUAAGAAAUUCCCUCGUUUGGAUCUCAAGUUUGGACAUGAUGAGACUCUUUUGCCUCUUCGUACUUUCUUUGGUCUUCAAAAAGAUGAUUACAAGCUGGCCUGGAAUCUUUCUCAACACGAAAUUGAUAACCGUAAAUUUAAAUUAUCGAAAUUCAGCUUCUUCGCCAACAACCUCGCUUUUCAAGUAUUGUCUUCCAAAAAUAAAACAAACACUCAAAAAUACGUCAGAGUCUUAGAUAACGAGAAGGCUAUCAUUUUCCCUGGUUGUCAACAUGAAUACUGCCCUCACGAUCAAUUUCUAGAAGCUGUGGCCCCUAUGCUUACAUGCGACUAUGAUGAAACCUGUGCUAUCUAA